AUGAGCCAGAAAUCUUUGCAAUAUGAAUCAUCGAGUGCUAUUAAGGAGUUAUUAGAUAAUAUGAACGAAUGUUUAAGCGCGCUACAGAACAUAGGCGUUGACAUUAGUAAUUGGGAUAUUAUUGUAAUUUACAUAUUGAUUCAAAGGCUUGAUCCUGAGUCCAGAAAGCAAUGGGAAUUAAAGUCAAAUGAAACUGAAGGAUUGCCCACUUUGUCUGCUUUUAGGGAGUUCCUAGAACAUAAAUUUAGGUCAUUAGAAUUUUUGGAUACUAAGCAUAUUAUAUCUAAGGCUCCUAAUGUAAGAAAGGGAAUUAAUGUCGCCCAACUUGAAAGUUCAAAUAAUGCUAGUUUUAAUAAUACUAAUUUAAACUGUCAAUUUUGUAAGGCUAAUCAUAAAUUAAUAAAUUGUAAAGAUUUUGCUAAGGCUGAUUAUGAAACACGACAUAGCUUUAUCCAGACCAGUCGUUUGUGUUUUAACUGUUUUGGCUUGAAUCAUUCCGUUUACUCAUGCCGCUUAUCCACUAGAUGUAGAGUGUGUAGACGGAAGCAUCAUUCUUUGCUCCACCCCCCAAAUGUAAUGCAGGGAACGGAGAAUGCCGAAUCUAAGGAUAAAGGUGUAGUAGUUUCUUCAGCAACCACUUCACAAGGUGAGACUAUCACUAAAUUAGAUAACUAUUUUUCAAAUAGUUAUAGCCAAGUCCUCUUGGCUACAGCUCUUGUUGAAGUAGAGUCAAGAACAGGUAGUAUUGGUUUAGUCUAUAGAUGUUUGUUGGAUCAAGGCUCUCAGGCUUCGUUGAUCACGGAGUCUGCUGUC